GUUCAUUAUGAUUUGGAGAAUGGGUUGUGGAAUGCGUCAUUUAUUAACAGCAUCCUUGCUGAUGUUGCUCCUACUGCUGUUUUAUUUGAGUUUAUCAGCUGGCCCAUUAUUAAGCAAUCCUUUACAGAUCCCAAAAAUAAUGAACACCCAAUAUGGUCCUCCACCUACUGAGGAGAACUCACUAGCAGCCUUAUCAUCAGUUCCUGGCUCAGCUACGAGCCCAGUCACCAUUGACCUGCUACGUCGUUACUUCCUCUUGCCCCCAUCAGAAGCUCCUUAUAAUCUGGAUAAUGCAAAUGAGCAAAAUCCAUCAAUGGGGCAAGCUCAAGUUAUAGACAGAAUCCUGAAAGAACAGCGUGGCGGUUUCUUUGUUGAGUGUGGAGGCCUGGACGGCGAGUUGCGCUCAAACACACUUUUCUUUGAGCGCUUUCGAGGGUGGAAAGGGCUGGUUAUUGAAGCAGAUCCUGUAAACUUUGCCCAGAUGAAAACCAAGAAUAGGAAAGCUUAUAUAUCACCUUCAUGUCUCUCCACCACCUCUAAUCCUGAAAAAGUUGUGUUUGCUCAAAACUCUAAUCGUGGCCACAUUUAUGAUGUGGAAAGCUAUGACGACGCCCCAGCUAAAGGCCUGGUCAAUGUCCAGUGCUUCCCAUUCAUUUCCUACAUGAAGGCUCUCAAUGUCACGACUGUAGAUUACUUCAGCCUCGACGUUGAGGGCGCCGAGUACAAAGUUCUGCAGAGUAUCCCCUGGGAUGAUGUAGACAUCAAGACUCUCUCGGUGGAGUAUCUCCACGACGUGGAAGGCAAGGCGGCGAUCAGGAAACUUUUGCUUGCCAAUGGCUAUUCAGUAUUCACUGAAGUCAGCGCCGCCUUUAAUUUGGCAAACGACUUCAUCUUUGUAAAGAACAAUCUUCUCUCGGAAGAUCCUUCUCGAUAACGUUUCAACACACUUUUCACAUUCUCUAAUCCUAGAGUUGAAUCCUAAGAAACUAUGUUUGAAAUUUCUUUAUUUUUGACUGCUACUAAUGCUUAUAAUUAAUAGCUUUAGUUCCAUACUCAUCUCAAACUUGAUGUACGUGCGAACUUAGCCACAAACUGUAGCUUAGUGAGAUUAGUUUCGUAUAUAUUUCUUACAUCAUGUUGAGAAGGUUAGCAGUGCAAUUGUAAUGCAUUGAUCUGUCUCAACCGAUAUCUGUCUAUGCCUAUUGCUGUUUCUCAACCUUACUCUCUGUCGGAUUAAGAGGUUAAGGCAGAAAUAUCGUUGAUGUGUGGAAGUUUACUUCUGCUGGUGACUUCAUGGAUGUUCCAUGUAAUUGCGCAGUCUCUCUGCUUUUUGCUCUAAAUGAAUAACUACCAUUAAAAUUUGAAGGUACGAACUAAAUGUUUGAAAUCACUGAAUCUCAUUGAAGGCUUCAAACCUAUUUUUCUGUACACCUAUGUUUCUUAGAGCGAAUGUAUAUAUAUAGUCUGUAAUUGUGAUGCACGUAUCAUCAUGUCUUUAACUUUAUUCAUAAACAUUCUUAGUAAUAUAUUUUACUUACUAUGUGAAGCGCUGGACAGAUGACAAGGUGCUUGAAAUUGUUUCAUAAUAUUUGUGUUUUGUAAGUCUUGUAGAGUUGAGUUAUUACUCAUAAUAUACUGUCAGUUCAUUAUCAAUUGUUCUAAGGUCAAAUUUAAUAUUUCCUUGUUCUUAUUAAUCUUUAAAUUUCUAUGCUUUUUAUGCGUCGAUUUAGUGUUAAUUUUUGUGUUGUAUUGUUUGUUUUUGUGCAAAGAUUCAUCACUAUUGUACAACUAUGCUUAAUCAUAAAAGAUGAUUAGGCUUCUAUGGCAGCAGCAUUUAAAUUGGUCUCUAGUUCAAGUCAAGUCAAUUAGAAUUGCCUGAUUUUUAUUGUCAUUUUACAUAUGACUGUACAAAAUUCGUUCUAGAAAUUUCCAUUUGGUUAGGCGACAAGUUUUAGCUGAAAGUAAAUUUAUUUUGUAAGUAUGUUUUUGACUGCAUACGUUUCGUGCCCUAUAAAUAUUGUUGCUUUAUAAGAUCUUGCAGUUUGCCGUGCGAAGUGCGUGGCUAGCAAAACGCGAAUUUGGUUUUCAUCCACUUUUGAUUUAAUAACCUUUAUUCCUUCUUGGCCGAGAAUUAUGAACAACGUUUUCUAUUAUUAUCAGUUCACAUUUUAUUGCAUUUAAUAGACUAAUAGUUUAGAUAACUAUUUCGUGCUUUAACUUUAAUUUUUCUUGAAAUCACAAUUUUUUCUUAGCUCGUCUAUUUUUUCAUGUUGGGUUGUACUUUUUCUAUGUAUCUGUAAAGAAUCGCGAGACAACUUGCUUGAUUCUAUUUCUUCAUUUUGUCCUAAAUUUUGUAGCGCUCUUGGGAUCUAUGGUCCAAUAAUUCUUUUUAUGAUGAGUUUUUCCGAAUGCACGCCCUUGUCGAUGUCAGUGCCGUGGAACUUGCCAAUGUUGAAUGUAUAGCUUUGUGUUUGUGAGUUGCUUAACUUACUUCAAGGAGGCGUAAAGUAUUAACUCAAUGACGCUAAAACUGCAUGCCGUAACACUUGCAGCUCAAGGGUUUUGGGUACAUGUCAAUUGCGAAUUGUUGUUUCAAAUGUGAUGUCUUAAGGCUGCCUGGCUCUUUGGGCUCGGUCUGUAAGGACAGUCGGGAAAAUUUGCUAUCAUUUCCGCUGAUGACUAAAUGUCGUCCGUGCUAACUUUUUCUUGAAGAAGCACUAUGUGAUCUUCUCAAUGAAGUAUUUAUCUAUCAAUGUUUUAGUUACAAAGGCAAAGUUUUGUUCUCAGACGACAUAAUAAUUAUUACUAGUGUUUUUCACGGUCUCAGGUUCGCGUUCUGCUCUCUCAUGUUUUGUUAGCAGGUAUAACAAAACUAAGGAUAUAACUUUCACUCAACAAAAAUAUCAACAAAUUCACAAAAGAAUCGAUGAAGUCGUUUAGUUUGUCAAUAGUCUAAAAUAAGUUGGAGUUGUAAAUGCUCAUUACUUAAGUUUAUUGAAAGUUUCAUUCCUCGAAGAAUUUGUUUUCAAAAAUUCUUGUUUUGUGCGCGUAUCAAGAAAAGACUCAUAAUCCCAUUAUUAUUGAGUUUAUUGACUUUGGUAUUUUUAUAAUUGAUCUCUAACUACUUUGCUGGAGAAAUCUUGUUUAACGUACCAUUAUAUUAUGUAAGGAACGUGUCGUUUUUGAUAUUAGAAACUUUUUUUCUGUCAGUGAUGAUGCAGAAAGUCGUUUAAAUACUGAUGAUAAGCAUUCCCAUUUAUUUUGCAAGCUCUCUAUUCACUCCAAAAUUCUGUAUUUUUUUUAAUUCAAAAAUAGCUAAAAUGUUCUAAUCUCUUUACAUUAUUUGUAAGUAAGAUCUGUUCCUUUAUAUUAGCUGUAGCUUGCUUUGGCGUCGCCUCGAGCUCGGGGACAUUUCUCAUUUUCGACAUAAUAUUUUAUUCGUUUCUAAUUGAAAUCAUUUCACUGUCAAGUCAUCGCAUAAAGUAUUCACUCCACUCGCUACUAUCAUGUUCAUCAAUUUGCAUAAUAUUAGGUUUAUAAUCUUAUGUUUAUUUAUUUGGAGCCACAAAGAUAUUCUGUUAUUCCAUGUGAACUUACUCCAUACUACAGCUGUGAGUAAUCAAUAAUAAAAUCUGUGCCAAUAUGCCAUUGAAGUCACAUGAAUAGCUGAGCAUUUAAAAAACUUCAAUGCUUUGAACAAAAAAUACAUCAAAAUCUAGAUCGUAAAAUGCUUCGAGGCUUUGUAAAUAGGAUACAACAUUAGCUCAUUUUCUCAGCAUUGAAAUUAGCCCAGCGCUUUUCGUCUUUGGAGACAAGUAAUAACGAGAGAAAUGCUGACAGAGCUACGAAAACUAUAAUACUAUUACCGGUCCUUUCUGAAUUAUCACCGCCAAGUUAGUACAUGAAAUGUUGUCUGUGAUGUUAUUUUCUUCAUUACCUCUUCUUGAUAUUGACCCAGUGAUAUUGAUUGGGUUAUGAUCGAUGCGAAUCUCCUAUUAUAUGUGUGAAUCUCCUAUCAUGUGUAUUAUGUAUUUAUAAGAACGUGUUGAUGAAGAAAAUGGAUUCUCAUGUUCUUGGCCGUAUCCAGACUACAAAGUAUUCAAUAUUAUGAAAUAUAUUCAUUAAAUACUUGAUGUAGUUCAUGCAUGUGUAAUAGAGUAGAAUAUUGCACAUUCUACUAUAUUAAACAUAAAUUCACAAUAGGAAUUUUUUUUUGUAAUAAAAUUUGUCGUCUUCCCACGUUGCAGUAUGUUCAAUAACAUUGUAUUCUUGAUG